UACACAACAUAUGUAUCACCGCUGGAAAGUGUUUGCAGCACAUCCAGCAGUACUGAAGUUAGCUGGGCAGGGCACAGAGCUCAACUAACGUAGCAACACAGUCAUUUCCUGUCAUACAUAACUUCAUAACCAAAUAUAAAUGCAGCUGUGGAAAUAUCUCAACCUGGCUUUCAGCUGAGGACGCUUCUCGAGGUAUCCCGAGUUCAGCAUGGCAGGCUGUGGAGAAGUGGACCUCUCAGCAAACGCCCUGCGACCUUCCAAGCUCAUUGAGGAAGUGGGAGAUGCUGCCUCCACCAGCACCAGCACUACCCCGGAGUGUGCCAUCUGCCUGCAGAGCUGCGUCCAUCCUGUACGCCUCCCGUGCUGCCAUGUCUUCUGCUUCCUGUGCGUGAAAGGUGCCUCCUGGCAUAGCAAGCGCUGUGCUCUCUGCCGACAGGAAAUCCCUGAGGACUUCCUGGAGCGGCCUGUUCUCCUGUCACCUGAAGAACUGAAGGCAGCGGCUUCUGGGUUGAGCCGAAGCGGGGGAGUAGGAGGUGAAUCCUGCGGAGACUAUGCAUGGUACUAUGAAGGACGCAACGGUUGGUGGCAGUACGAUGAGAGGACAAGCCGAGAGCUAGAGGAGGCCUUCGCCAAGGGCAGAAAGAGCACAGAGAUGCUGAUUGCGGGGUUUCUUUAUGUGGCUGAUCUGGAAAACAUGGUCCAGUACCGCAGAAAUGAGCAUGGUCGCAGGCGCAAGAUAAAGAGGGACAUUCUAGAUAUUCCUAAAAAGGGGGUGGCGGGAUUAAGGUUAGACCCUGAACCUACCCCUGUUCCUGCUUUACCUGUCAUUGCUCCGGCAGCAACAGAGCGUGUCAGCUCAGCUGAUGGAUCGGACUCUGCUGGCCAACCGCAGUCUUCCUUUCCUGUUAUUGUGUCUUGUCCCCCUGUUAGACCUCAAACACUCCUGGGGCGUCAUCAUCUCACCAGUCCUCUGUCACCUUCGACUCUGGAGGCAUCUUUUUCUCAGCUUCUAAUCAGCCAGCCUGAGGGUGAAGAGGUAGAAGGAGAUGACGAGCUUCAGAUGUAUGAAUCUGCAUCUGGCAACAGUGAGAGUGAGGACGAGAAGGAGUGCGAGAGAGAUCGAGAAGAAUCAGUGGCACGAAGAAGACAUAGGCAGAGGCCGCUAAGAGAGAUCCAGCCAACCAGAGUCCCUCCAAGGGGCAGGCCUUCUAGUUCUACACUCAGUCUCCGCUCACGUAGUCCUGAUGGGCAGUGCACUGUGACAGAAGUGUGACUGGAACAUUUGAAAAGUUCUCAAACUCUCAUCAGUUCAGCAAAAAAGUUUAAAAACCAGUAUGCAUCUUUAAAAGAUCCCAUGGAUGGAGCAAUACCUUUUGAAUGUGUUGUUGCCCGUGUCACUGGGUGAUUAACCUGUUGACUGAUGUGCCAAACAUUAUCCUGAAAUUAUUGUUGGAAUAAUUAAAAUUCUCCCUCCACUUUAAUGUAAACUUCAUUCUGUCGGUGGCCCUGUGUCUGUUGAGCUGUGUUCAGACCAAAUUCAUGAAAAUAUAGAGAGUAGUAAAAGCGAGAAGAAGGAUUACAGGCGGUAGCUGGAAUCAGGUCCUCCAGUUUUGAGAGAGUUUAGAGAAUCCAUUUUAUGACUCUUAGCAAAAUUUCCACUGAAGUUGUAAUGCAAGUAAUUCAGCUUGCAGACUUGCAUACUUUCCCCAGUUCAUGUCACCUGAAGCAAAUUAACAUUUUUACAUAGACAUUACAUGAAAUUGCUACGUGUGGGAUAAUGUAAUAGCUAACAUCAUCAUAACACCUUCUGAUAUAGGUUGAUGUUUCAUGUUACCUUUGUUGUACUCCUCUCUCAUGAGCAGAAACAACUAAAACCUUAGAAAGGAAUAUAAUUUUUUUUUAAGGUCGUUGUUAUAGUCGUAAACAGUUUGCAGUUCAUGGCUCAGUGGUUAUGCAACAGCAGGCUUGUUCCUAAAACAAAAAAGUGACGUGCUUUAGAAAGCUAUCCAGUCUAUAAACUACCAUAAGCUCACUGCCUUAUCAUAAGAUGUGACAGUGUAAUACAGCCCUUUUGAAAUUCAAUGAUUCUCUUUUUACCAAUUUUAUGAGCUCAUUGUUAAUGUGUCUGAUUUAUGUAUAUCUAAAUGUUUUUUCCUCUUUUCUCCAUUUUUAGAGUGAUGGUUUAAAAAUCAAGCCUAAAAUGUAGCAAAAGUUACAGAGGAUUGAAACUGCUUCCUUGCUGUGAUGAUUAGGUUUUUUUUUUAAAGCCUAAUCGGGAUCUAAUUAUUAGCUAUUUAAAUUUGAGUGUGUGUGUGUGUGUGUGUGUGUGUGCGCAUGCGCGCGUGUGUGUAUUAGAGGAGGGAGGCCAUUUCCCCCCCUGGUUUGGUGUGAUAGUCUUAUUUAAUAAUGAUGUGUUUUUUCUUUUGUUGUGAGCACUGUUGGGGGUUGAAAAGCUAUUGGCAGAACCACUGGAAAGUGUUGGGUUAUAUAUGUAGAGAGACACAUUUGGAUUUCUAUUUCUUGUCACAGGGCUACUAUCAAAGCUUUGGCAUUGACGUGUACUUGAAUGAGCUCACACUGUCCUCACAAGCUCUGUCACCCUCACGACGCCUUCCCUCCCCAUGUUCUUGCUUCAGCUUUUAAGUUUUUGCUGUACCUGUCUUACUGAAGUCUGAAUGUUUCCCUUGUGGUGUUUUUGUCAAGUUAUUAAAAUUGUUUAUCUGUGAUUUAAAGUCA